GUUGAUAAAAUCAGGAUGGCUUUAAACUCAGGGCCGUCCCCGGGCAUCGGGCCUUACUAUGAAAACCACGGAUACCAACCAGAAGCCCUCUACCCAUCGCAGCCGGCCGUGGCUCCCAAUGUCUACGCUGCGUAUCCAGCUCAGUACUACCCAUCCCCGGUGCCCCAGUACACCUCCAGGGUCCCCACGCACACUUCGACACCUGGCAUCUACCGGCAGCCCAAGCCCCCUCCGGGGACAGUGUGUACCACAAGGGCCAAGAAAGUACUGUGUGUCACUCUUGUCCUCGGGACCUUCCUUGUGGUCACUGUUAUAGCUGCUGUCCUGGUCUGGAAGUUCUUGGAGAACAAGUGCUCCGUGUCCGAGAUGGAGUGUGGCUCCUCAGGGACCUGCGUCAGCCCCUCCUUCUGGUGUGAUGGCAUCGCGCACUGCCCCAACGGCGAGGACGAGAACCAAUGUGUUCGCCUCUACGGACCCAACUUCAUCCUCCAGGUCUACUCGCCAGAGCGGAAGGCCUGGCACCCCGUGUGCCAGGAUGAUUGGAACGAGAACUUCGCCAGGGCGGCCUGCAAGGACAUGGGCUACAAGAACAGCUUUUAUUCCACGCGGGGGAUCGUGGACGACAGCGGUGCCGCGAGCUUCAUGAAGCUGAACACGAGUGCUGGCACCGUCGAUCUCUAUAAAAAGCUCUACCACAGUGAUAGCUGCUCCUCAAACACAGUGGUUUCUUUACGCUGCGUCGCAACUGCGAAAGUCCUGGAACCUAAAACCAUCACCUGGUCCCUGUGGCCCAAAAACCCCGGAUCAUGCAGGCGCAAGGCGGAGACCACUGCGGGCUUCCUCACGCACUGCGGCUGGUCCUGCCACACCACUGGACCUCACCGGCCCCUGGAGGUACAGUCUGGCUUCCACAGCCACUGUUGUCCCAGACUGGAGAUGGCCUGCUACUGA